UUUUAAACUUGCAAUGGGAUCAAAGGAACUGGAGGUUCCUACAUCUCCUUCUGUGGCCUCUUCUUCAACAAGAUGGUGGUCAAAGGAUACGGUUGCGGUGGUGACUGGAGCGAACAAGGGAAUUGGGUAUGCAUUUGUUAAGAGGCUGGCCGAGUUAGGUCUAACUGUGAUUCUAACUUGUAGAGAUGUAUUAAGAGGCCAAAAUGUUAUUGAGUUAUUUAGAGCUCAAGGACUCCUCGACGUACACUUCUUUCGCCUUGACGUAACAGACCCUGCUUUAAUCAAUGCUUUUGUUUCAUGGCUGAGAGAGGAGUACGGUGGGCUGGAUAUUCUGGUGAACAAUGCUGGAGUUUCAUUUAAUGAGAUUGGUGAGAACUCUGUGGAACAUGCCGAGACUGUAAUCAAGACCAACUACUAUGGAACAAAAUUAUUGACAGAGGCCCUUCUACCAUUGUUCCGCCGAUCAUCUUCUCUAAGUCGGAUACUAAACAUUAGCUCCCAACUGGGUCAACUCAAUAAGGUCAAGAAUCCUACUAUAAGAGAAGAAUUAGAAGAUGAAGAAAGGUUAUCAGAGGAAAGAAUUGAUAUUGUAGUAAGAUGGUUUCUUGAGAGUGUAAAGAAGGGGACAUGGAAGGAAGAAGGGUGGCCAAAUAUUUGGACUGACUACUCUGUGUCUAAGCUUGCCCUUAAUGCUUAUUCUUGGCUUCUGGCAAAGCGUUAUAAGGAUCAUGGCUUAAUCAUAAACUGCUUUUGUCCAGGCUUCACUCGGACGGCCAUGACUCGUGAUAAGGGCAACCAUACCGCUGCUGAGGCAGCUGACCUGGGAACUAGAUUACUUCUUCUACCACCUGAUAAGCUCCCUACAGGAAAAUUCUAUAGUGGGGUUAACCCUGUGCUGAAUUCUAAGUUAUAGGGCUAAUGAUCGUAAUGUUUUAUCCAUUAAACAUAUUCUUGAUUUAUUUCAAGAUUUAUCAGGUCAGCAGAUUAAUUUUUCCAAGAAUAGGGUCUUUUUUAAUCAAGGAACUUCGACAUUCUUGGUGUUUCUCCUAUGGAGGAUGCCUCAAUGUAUCUUGAGACCCGCUGGUGCCGAAGAAGGGGGAGAUCUUUGAUUUGGAAUAACAUUGUUAAUUGUGUUCAGUCUAAGCUGGGGCUAUGGAAGGCUCCAUUAUGGUCCCAUGCAAGGAGAUCUGUUCUUGCAAAGUUUGUUCUUAACUCUGUUUUGACAUAUUGGAUGUCUAUCUCAAUUUUCCCAA